GCCGCCGCCGCCUGCGGAGCGAGCGAGCGAGCGGUAGAACGAGCGCGCCCCCACCGGCGACGGACGUUGCCACUUCGCGGGCGAUCUCCUUCCCUCUCGAAUCGCCGAUGGCGUUCUGGGGAGUGGAGGUGAAAGCUGGGAAGCCCUACACCCACCGGCACGACCCCUCCCAUGGCCGCCUCCGCAUUUGCCAGGCUACACUUGGAAGUUGUGAUUCCGCUGCCAGGACGGUGGUACAAUGUAAUGUUGGUAGUAAGACACCCAUCAUUCUCUGUAGUUUGAAUCCUAAACUGGCUGAGAUGUGCCAUCUAGAGGUUGAGUUGGAGGAAGACGAUGAGGUUGUGUUUUCAGUACUUGGUCAGAGCUCCAUUCAUCUCUCAGGAUAUUACAUCCGUUCAAGUGGCAGAUCUAGUGCAGGAGAUGAUGAAUCAGAAUCAUAUGGGGAGGAUAUUGGUGAGUCUGAUACCGAUAAGGAGUUUAAUGCAAGUGAUGACAGCUAUGAAUCUGACUUUAUUGAUGACAGUGAUAUCGAGGUAUCUGAGGAUAAAUGCAAAUCUCAUUCUGUUCAUGAUGGUGAUUUGUGCUCUACCCCUGAUCAUCACAAAGAAAAAGGUACAGUUGAAAAAAGACGACGCUUGAAGAAGAAGCACCCAGCUGAUACCAGUGAUGAUAACAAGGAUGAUUCUCCUUACAAGCCUGCUGUCAGGCGUAAUCCUAAUUCAAUAUUUGCUAGUGACACUGAAGAUGAAGAUGGCAUGCCUAUAUCUGUUUCUGUAGCUAAGAAAGAAAAUGCUAAAGAUAUUGAUGAAACAAAAUACCCAAACGGUGAGUCAAAUGAUGAGAAAAAAAACAACGGUACCAAGAAAAGAAAAAGUGAUGCCAUCAGUCAGGAUCAUGCACCAUUGCUUGAUUUAACAGAUGAUGGAUUAUUGGUUUCAAAACAAGAAGGCAGAACAAAAAAGAAAUCGAAGAAAAAGGGAGGAAAACAGUUAGAGGUGGAAGAUGGGAAACAAUCCAACAAGAUAAGAACAUUAGAAGAUGGGUUGAUAGUAGAAGAUCUGUUAACAGGAAACCUAGAUGCAGAAAUGGCUUCUAAUGGCAGCAAGGUUUAUAUCAAAUAUGUCGGCACACUACAGGAUGGGAAGAUUGUUGAAUCUAAUAUUGGUGAAAAGCCUUGCAAAUUCAAGCUUGGUGCUGGAAAAGUAAUUCGAGGAUGGGAUGUUGGUAUUUCUGGCAUGCGAGUUGGGGAUAAAAGAAAGCUCACCAUCCCACCAUCUAUGUGCUAUGGUAGUAAAGCAGUGGGAGAAGUGCCCAAAAAUUCCACAAUCAUCUACGAAAUUGAACUAGUGAAGGUCAGAUCCAAAAGUGCAUAAUGAGCUUCUGCAUGCUCGUGUCCUAUGCCAAAGGCUGUGACACGGGCUCAUGCAUCUAUGUGUAGCUGCUACAUGCCAUGUUGGAAUUUUGUUUCUCCCAGGUGAUGCCGUGAUGGAAUGCCUUGUGUUGGAAUUCCCUACAGAUUGUAAUCUGUGGUCAGACUACUGGUAUGACUUGUUUUGCCACGGAACAUUUCUUCUAGAAUAUCAGAAAAUCCGUCACCUGAGAUCUAGCUUGGUCAUAUUUUGUUUCCAUCUGCGGAGGCGACGAAACAUUUAGCACCAAGGCUUUUGUUAGUUAGUAUAUCUACUGGACUGGUGACUUCUACGACACUUGCCUAUAUGCAUGUGAUCUUUGAAGUGAUCAAAUUUAAUGUUUUAACAUUCCUUAGUUUGUUUUGAAUUCUGUCCAUGCUGACGAUGGUUCACAUAGGGAUAAACCUUGGCUGUCACAUGAGAUGUUUCUCAAGAGAGUGGUUAGGGAGGUAGACUGGUUUGGUUUAGUGCAACAGCCAGAUUCUGUUCUAGAGUCUUGCCAGAUGCCAAUUAUAGUCUAUUUAGUAUGAAGAUAAAUGGAAGAAAUUAUGAAUAUUUAGAUACUAUAAAAGCUUAAGCAUGUUGUCAGCUGUAUGAUAUCUUUGCGAGAUGGAUGGUAAAGUAUAUCUCUGUUAUUGGUGUCUCGGAUGACAGGUUUGUUUAACAUCACAGUACCACAGUUUGCAGCA